AUGCCUCAAGCUCUUGGUUUUAUUGAUGGAACUCAUAUUCCAAUACGAAGACCUUUAGAAUCUUCACAAGACUACUUUAAUUACAAAGGAUUUCACUCUAUAUCUGUUCAAGCAAUUUGUGACUCAAAAGGCAUUUUUAUGGAUGUCGACUGCAAAUGGCCUGGAUCACUUCAUGAUGCUAAAGUGUUUUCUAAUUCAACAUUUAACUUUAAAAUUAUUUCGAACAGUAUACCUAUAACUUAUCGAGAAUUGCUGCCAGGCUUUUGCAAAGUUCCAUGCUAUGUAAUAGAUGAUCCAGCAUAUCCUCUUUCAACUUUCUGCUUAAAAGAGUAUUUACACUGCCAAAAUAAAAAUCAAGUAGUUUUCAAUACCUUGCUUAGAACUGCAAGAAAUCAAAUAGAAUGUGCUUUUGGUCGCCUUAAAGCACGAUGGGCAAUACUUAAGAAAAAAAUUGACCUCAAACUAGAGAAUAUACCCACUGUUAUAUAUGCCUGUUUUGUUCUGCAUAACUUUUGUAAGAUAAAAUGUAUAACAGUAGACGAAGAGGUUUUCAUAAAUAAUAUUAAAGAAAAUAUUAACUCUGACAAAGUUGAUUCUAUUUAUUCUUGCAACACAGAUGAAGGAUCAUUAAUAAGAGAAGUAAUAACACAGUAUAUUUCUGGAUGCAAUAAUAACUCAAUAUAA